CCAUCUUAUCAACUUUCACUUUGCUUUCCUUAAUUCCGCUUUCCCAUCUUACCAUUUAUAAUGGCACCUUCAAACUCUAAGCAAAAGCGGUUGGCAGAGCGCGCCGCAAAGAAGGCCUCAAAGUCUGGCACCACCGAGUCUUCCCCCUCCACUCCAGCUCUCUCUGUUAACGGAUCUUCUGCGACGACGCCAGCGACCAACCUCUCACGCAACGGCAGUCAGGAUGAUAUUAGCGCUAUGGCCAAGCUGCAGAUCGCCACCGAUCGGAGCGCUGCGGGCGUGCUCGUUUCUGAUCCGAAGGGAAGGGACAUCAAGAUCGACUCCUAUACCCUCUCAUUCCAUGGGAGACUGCUCUUUGAGGGUGCCGAGAUUCAGCUCAACUAUGGCCAGCGGUACGGUCUUCUGGGUGAGAACGGGAGCGGAAAGUCAACUUUUUUGCAAUCGCUCGCUGAGCGGGAUAUCGCGAUUCCGGAGCAUAUUGAUAUUUAUAUCGUCCGGGGCGAGGCUGAGCCAUCCGAUAUCAAUGCGAUGGACUUCAUCAUUGCCUCAGCAAAAGAAAAAGUGGCCAAGCUUGAAGCGCGCAUGGAGGAACUUGCAUCUGCGGACGAAGUAGAUGAAUUGGCACUAGAUGCGCUAAACGAAGAGCUUGAGGAGCUUGAUCCUUCGACAUUCGAGUCCAAGGCUGGUUCGAUCCUGCAUGGUUUGGGCUUCAGCCAGGAGAUGACCCGGCGGCCUACGAAGGACAUGUCUGGUGGGUGGCGGAUGCGAGUCUCCCUCGCUCGUGCACUGUUCAUCAAGCCCCACCUGCUCCUCAUGGACGAGCCCACUAACCAUCUCGAUCUUGGUGCGGUCGUAUGGCUUGAAGCUUACCUCAGCACAUACAACCACAUCCUCGUGAUCACCUCCCACAGUCAGGAUUUCAUGGACUCGGUCUGCACCAACAUCAUGGAGCUCACGCCCAAGAAGAAGAUGGUGUACUACACGGGUAACUACACUACGUACGUGCGGACGAAGACGGAGAACGAGGUGAACCAGAUGAAGGCGUACAACAAGCAGCAGGAAGAAAUCGCGCAUAUCAAGAAGUUCAUCGCUUCUGCGGGUACGUAUGCCAACCUCGUCAAGCAGGCCAAGAGCAAGCAGAAAAUCAUUGAUAAGAUGGAGGCUGCUGGCCUGAUCGAGCCUAUUGAAACGAGGAGGCAGCUCAGAUUCAACUUUGAGGACGUGGGCAAGCUCCCACCGCCUAUCAUCGCCUUUAGCGACGUCGCAUUCUCCUAUUCUGGAAAGAAGGAGGAUUAUCUCUAUCGCAACUUGUCGUUCGGUAUUGAUAUGGACUCUCGAGUGGCCAUCCUCGGUGCAAACGGUGCAGGCAAGUCGACCCUCCUAAACCUCAUCACCAGUCAGCUUCAGCCUUGUGAAGGAACAAUCUCGAAGCACGUCGGGCUCAAGCUCGCUAAGUACAGUCAACACAGUGCCGACCAGUUGCCGUACGACAAGUCACCUCUGGAAUACUUUGACAGCACCUAUCACGACAAGUUCCCGGACAAGGACCUGAUGUUCUGGAGGCAGCAGUUGGGUCGGUUCGGACUCACAGGUGCGCAUCAGACGAGUCCUAUCAAGCAGCUCUCCGACGGCCUGCGCAACCGUGUCGUUUUCUCUCAAUUGGCGAUGGAGCACCCGCACAUCAUUCUCCUGGAUGAGCCGACGAACCAUUUGGACAUGGGUUCCAUUGACGCUCUGGCACGUGCGAUCAAGGAGUUCUCGGGUGGUGUGGUCAUUGUUAGUCACGACUUCAGACUCAUUGAGCAAGUCGCGGAGGAGCUGUGGGAGGUCGCGGACCAGACGAUCAAGAACCUUACCAAGAUGGACAUCAACAUUCGAGACUACAAGCAAGGGCUGAUCUCCAAGAGUAUGAAGGAAAUCGAGAAGGCAAAGCUGAUCAGCAAGAACUCUUCGAGAGGGCGGGUGUAAAUACGCCUUUUAUUCCUCCACCUGCCUGUGCCUCUGCUAUAGCGUCGAUUCACAUCCUCGUCUGCGGCGGUCACCAGCGAUGCCCGCGUGUCACUCUACCUGGCUCAUUCUCUCACUACCCUCACGACCUGUUAUAUCAUGUAUUCCAGCCUUGUUCGGUUGCACGCAUCCAGGAUCUUCACCUCUAGACGUAGC